UUUUCAGCUGCACCAGGAAUACUGGUUGUACAAAGGCUCCCAGCUGCUAGAGGAGAAGUGACAGGGUCACAGAUCUCUGUGUUCUGAAGAGAGGAAGAGUGGCUGGGUACAUGUGUUUCCUUUUCCAGGAAAGCUGCUCAGAGCCUCCGCUGGUAUAAAAGCCACUGGAGCCGUUGGGGUAGGAAGAGGUUCAGAGCGAUGCCUUCAGGCAGCAUUUACCAAAAGUGUGAAGAGUCCGACCAAGAGACACUCAAGGAACAGGAGACAGAAAUGACAUUUGGGAGAGCAGGGAAUUCCUUGAUGCAGUGUGGUAGGGGUGUGAAUGGGGAGGAAAAGUCCAUAUUAACCCUUUACGCUGUGCACGCCGUGUCAUUUGUGUUAUGGGCCGUCCUCCUCGCCAUGGUGAUUGGAAAGUACUCGGAGAUGUCCAAGGAGCUGGAGCAGUUGCGGACUGAUCAAUCUGUGCUGAGAGGCAACGGCUCUGAGACAGGGAAGCAACUGAAGACGCUUCAUUUCAACCAGUCCACCAUGCACAGCACUGAGGUGGAGCUGGCCACGGAUCUGAAGAGGCUGCAGUCAGACCAGGCCGCACUGAAAACGGAAGUGUCGGAGGAUCUGGCCAAAGCGAAAAGUGACAGAGAUGACAUCAGGGCUGAGGCCUACAAGAUUCUGGAUGCUGUCCAGAAAGGGAACGACUCUGCCUGCAGCAUUUGUCCAGCCGGCUGGCUGCUGAAUGCAGGGAACUGCUACUACUUCUCCACAGAGCAAAAACACUGGUCCUAUGCCAAGCAGGCCUGCAAAGACCAAGGUGCCAUGCUGAUUAUUAUUGAUAGCAAUCAAAAGCAGGAGUUUUUGACAAAGAACGCUAACGGCAAGCAGUACUGGAUUGGCCUGCACGACGUUAGCAAUGAAGGGACAUUUAUAUGGGUCGACGACAGUUCCGUGUCAUACAGCAACUGGAAUCAAGGGGAGCCCAACAACUUUGGCAGUGGCGAGGACUGCGUGAUGAUGGUCAAAGACGGGAAGUGGAACGACGCUACAUGUGUGAUGAAUGAGGUUGGCUGGAUCUGUGAAAAGAAGUGGACUUGUUAAACUGUGGCCAAGAGGAACACAACACAGCCAGCUCAUCUUAACCACAGAGCCACCCCACUGCCCUCUGGCCCCUUCCAUGCAAGGUCUGCCAGCUCUUUACAAACUUCAAUGCAUUAAACCUCACAGACCUCACCCCUUCCACUCUUGAGAGCAAGGUAUUAUCACCCCAACUUUACAGAUGGGGAAACUGAAGCACAAAGACUUACCCAGGUCACAGCAGUGAAUCAGUGGAAGAGACUGAAUUAGUAGCCAGGCAUCCUGACUCCCAGUCCCCUGCUCUUAUUACACCACACAGGGCCGGCUCUAGGCACCAGCAAAACAAGCUGGUGCUUAGGGCGGCACAUUUUUAGGGGCAGCAUUCUGGCGCCGGCCAU